AUGGAAUACCGUCUCCGUCUCUCCUUUCUUUUGUUGCCAGCCGUGAGCUGGGCAUCCGUAAUCUCAACACCUCGUUCUCCUGAUAGAAGUCCCGAAUCUAAUGAAAUCAAACAAACCAACUCCAUAUCCUCUUCAAUCUGCACAUCAAACUGCAACCCACCAUCAACCUCGCCCUCUCAAAUUCUCGAGCUCCGCGAAUAUAGCGAAUACCACACGCACUCUUUUCACCAUGCUAAAUACGAUGCCCAUGAUUCUCCAUCCGGUCCUCACAUUCCCACAUCGUGGAAAGUAGCCAUUGGCGUCAACGCCUUCGUACUUGUAAUAACAGCAUCGAUAUUAGGAAUGUUAGUGUGGAUAUUGAGGAAAGAAUAUAGAAAGAGGAAAUUACUGCAAGGAGAUCCGACGUAUGUGGGUGCAAAAGAUGGGUUCGGAAGACGAAUGAGGAGUGCGCGGAGUAGUCGAGGGGCAGGAAAUGGAAGGGGUGGGAGAGCGAGAGCAUGGAGUUACGAUCCGAUUCGGGAAGAAGAGGAGGAUGGAGAAGGAAUUGGAGAGGGUGUUAGAUUAGGGGGUUUGGGAAUACAAGGUGUAGAGGGUGGAAUGAGCAUGCCGUUGAGAAUGAACGAUACGUUAAUUGUUCCGGGAACGGAAAAAGAAACGCUAGAAGAUGCAGAUGCAGAUGCCAAGGGAAAGGGGAGAGAAGGUUCGAAAGCCAAGAGAGCAUGGCGGGGAAAGCACGUACGAUUUUCGAGUUGGGGCGGUGAGAUUGAACCGACGGAUUCGAUGGGGAUUGUGGCGGGUACUAGCGGGAAGGAAAAUGGUCUCGCGGCUUUGAGGACGGAAACUCAUGAAUAUGUUCAGACGCCUUGA